CCCCUACAGAAAAUAUUUCCAGAGUCCCAAGCCAUCCAUCCCACCAAGCCGACCAAGUACCACUACUUGUAGCGGUUGCCGACAACCAAACUCUGCAACGAUGUCGGACGCAAACGGACGGAAGAGAAAGCGGGAUCUGGACGGCUCAUCCAAGUCCAAGAAGAAGCUGGCCACCGAACCCUCCACAGUAUCCGUCUCCUCGGUCCUGAGGCCCCAACUCUGCCCACCUGUCCUAGCGUCUGCUCCUGGAGUUCGGUUACCUAGAAGCGUCCCCUUCAGCCCGUACGUCAAACAAGAUGUUUCCUCCAGCAAACGGCGGCAGAAAGUCCCCGCAGUGUCACAGGAUCUCGUCCUGCACUCUACCAGUCACCAGACCAUGGACUACACGGCGAGAGAAGACGGCAUCAGCGACAGUCAACAGGCUCUGAAGCACUACGUCGGCAUUUUCGACCCCAACACGGGUGCGCUCCAGGUGGUAGAAGCGAAGAAGAUGGUUGUUCGCGGAGUGGCUAGGGCUAAGCAUGCCUCGGAGGAGGCCAUGAGAGCACCUACAGAUAACCAAAGCUACUACGACCAAAAGAAGGACCUCGGUCAGACGUUCGGUACCAAGAAGGCCAAGAAGGCCAUCGAGUCCGUCGCCCUCAAUGCCAUCGACCCCAACAAGAGCAGGGACAGCGCGCCGAAGAAGCUCGACGCCGCCUCCAAGGCCAUCAUGCAGGAGAUCGGCGGUGUCACAGCGAACAUGGCCUCGCGCGAGCAGUUGCAGGCGGCCGUCGACGAGGCCAAGCCCGUGCCCAAGCCCAACCUCGAAGCCGAAGCCAUCCAGGACGUUUACGAUCCCGACGAGUUCAUUGGCCGCGAGGUCCUUGCGGCCGUGCCCAUCAAGGACUGGGUUGAGCCGGCCAAGAGUGGUCAGGAGGUCCUGUGCUACUCGCGGCACGUGGCGGCGCGGGUUAAGAAGGUGGCCGACUCAGGCAGCGUCGCCAAGAUGCGGCUGCUGCGCUACUUCUACUUCCUCUUCACUUUCUACACGAUGGCGACGCCGGGCAAGCAGCGCGGCACGAAGCGCAUCCCGCCGCGCGACAAGCUCAAGGAGCGGCUGUCGCCGGCGCCUCAGGUUGUCAUUGAGCACAUCCGGCGCAAGUUCUCGGACGGCGGCGAGAUGCGCAAGUUCCACACGGACCUGCUCAUUACGCAUUGCUGCGCGCUCGCGUGCAUCAUCGACAACUUCGAGGUUGACACCUCAAAGCUGCGGCAGGACAUGCGCCUCGACCAGAAGGAAAUGAACAACUACUUUUACGAGAUCGGCGCGAAGGUCAAGCAGGUCGCCACCAAGGAGACGGGCAAGGCCGCGCACGUCGCCAAGCUCGCGCUGCCUCUCAACUUCCCCAAGCUCAGAUCAGUCGCGCCGAAGCGCCGUUAGAGUGGGCGUAGCGGCACGGAUGACGAAGAGCUGAUGAAGGUGUCGGACAGGGGGUUAAGAGAGACAAUCAGGUUCAACUUGACCUGAGGUAUCUGGCAUAUGCCGUCCCGUUUACAGGGGCCUUGCGAGUCGGCACAGUUUGCGAGGUGGGAGGCGGAUCAGAAAAUGCAUCUCGCCGGUAUUCAAAGUUUGCGCAGUAGAAGCACUGUUGGCGCAUCUUGGAGACGAUGCGGGUCAGCGGUUCAUGUUGACGAUGAUACCUACGCACUGCUCAUAUAGCAGAAGAGCGUAUAUUCAUAUACGCCAUGCCACAUCGGAUACGGAGUUGAAAAUUCUUUCUUGAAAUAAAAUCAAAGUUUGAUGAAGAAGCCUAACGGGUGUCGGUGUGUACCUAGUCCCCUCAGUUAAUUGCAUCUUCCCCUACCUAUUGGCGACUGGGACUGAGCGCCAGUAUCCCCGC